GCAAUUAGUGACGUUUUUAAGGGAAGCAGCCAUUCCGAAAGCGUUCCCCAACCCCUCCCCGUUUUUCAACUGGUCAUUCAGAACAGCACCGUUUCAGUUGAACGUUGCACCCCGAUGUUUCGUAGCCUACUGAGCGCAGCACUGGUCCACAAUGACAUGAUCGCUGCCGCUACACAAAAAAAAACAGAACCUAUAGGCGGACGAACAUCAGGGCAGGAGCCAUGAUUCCUGUGACGGAGUUCCGGCAGUUCUCAGAGCAGCAGCCACAGUUCCGGGUUCUGAAGCCCUGGUGGGAUGUGUUCACAGACUACCUCUCUGUGGUCAUGCUAAUGAUCGGGGUGUUCGGAUGCACCCUACAGGUGAGGCAGGACAAAAUCAUCUGCCUUCCCCAAAAAAUGACCAUGUACAACCAAACAAUACUCUUACCAAAUAAAACUGCUGUGCAGCCGGAUGUGCACGAGAUGAUGGGCCGGAAAACGAACCUAGACUUCCAGCAGUAUAGCUUCAUCAACCAGAUGUGCUAUGAGAAAGCUCUGCACUGGUACGCCAAGUACUUCCCUUACCUAGUCCUCAUACACACCCUCAUCUUCAUGGUGUGUAGCAAUUUCUGGUUCAAGUUCCCAGGCUCCAGCUCUAAGAUAGAGCAUUUCAUCUCCAUCUUGGGAAAGUGCUUUGAUUCCCCUUGGACUACYAGAGCUCUGUCYGAGGUGUCUGGAGAGAACCCAGAGGAGAAGGUAUUGUUGGACAUCAAGAAGAGUAGAGCGAUCCUCAAUGUGUCUGUAGAGGGGAACCUGGACAGCCUGGAGAAGACCCAGUCCCUMAAAUCCAUCCCAGAGAAGAUCGUAGUGGACAAGCCCACAGCCAGCGCCCUGGAUAAGAAGGAAGGAGAACAGGCCAAAGCUCUAUUUGAGAAGGUGAAGAAGUUCCGCCUGCACGUCGAAGAGGGGGACAUCCUCUAUGUUAUGUAUGUUCGCCAGACUGUUCUCAAAGUGUUCAAGUUCCUCCUCAUCAUCGCGUAUAACAGUGCUUUAGUCUCUGAGGUGCAGAUCACAGUGAAGUGCAGUGUGGACAUACAGGACAUGACGGGAUAUAAGCAUUUCUCCUGUAAUCACACCAUGGCCCACCUGUUCUCUAAGUUGUCGUACUGUUACCUGUGCUUCGUGGCUGUGUACGGAUUCACCUGCCUCUACACUUCCUAUUGGCUCUUCUACCGCUCGCUGAAGGAGUACUCCUUUGAAUAUGUGCGGCAAGAAACGGGAAUCGAUGACAUCCCAGACGUGAAGAAUGACUUUGCCUUCAUGYUGCACAUGAUCGACCAGUAUGAUCCACUGUAUUCCAAGAGGUUCGCAGUGUUCCUGUCUGAGGUCAGCGAGAACAAACUGAAACAGCUGAACCUGAACCAUGAAUGGACGCCAGAGAAGCUGCGUCAGAGACUGCUGACCAACCACAACGACAGACUGGAGCUGCAGCUGUUCAUGCUGUCUGGGCUCCCGGACACCAUCUUCGAGGUGACAGAGCUCCARUCCCUGAAGCUAGAGAUCAUCAACAACGUAACCAUCCCAGCUUCCAUCGCCCAGCUGGAAAACCUCCAGGAGCUGUCUCUGUAUCAGUGUUGCUUAAAGAUCCACACCACAGCCACUUCCUUCCUCAAGGAAAAACUCAAGGUGCUCAGGGUGAAGUUUGAUGACAGCAGGGAGCUGCCUCAUUGGCUGUACCACCUGCGGAAUCUAGAGGAGCUCUACCUCAUUGGCUCACUGAGUCCUGACGCUUCGAAGAAUGUGGGUCUGGAGUCCCUGAGGGAGCUGAAGCAUCUGAAGACCCUCUCGAUCAAAAGUAACUUUACAAAGAUCCCCCAGUCCAUCGUAGACGUGUCCAGCCACCUGCAGAGGCUGUACAUCUACAAUGAUGGCACCAAGCUGGUGAUGCUCAACAACCUGAAGAAAAUGGUGAACUUGACUGAAUUGGAGCUAGUGCACUGUGACCUGGAACGCAUCCCACAUGCUGUCUUUAGCCUCACAAACCUACAGGAGUUGGACCUGAAGGAAAACAACCUGCGCUCCAUUGAGGAGAUAGUCAGCUGCCAGCACCUCCACAAGCUGACGUGCCUGAAACUCUGGCACAACAGUAUCUGCUACAUCCCUGAGCACAUCAAGAAGCUGGGCAGCCUGGAGCGCCUCUACUUCAGUCACAACAAGAUAGAGAUCUUGUCCCCGCACCUGUUCUUAUGCAACAAGCUUCGUUACUUGGACCUGUCCAACAACGACAUCCGGUUCGUUCCGCCGGAGAUUGGCGUCCUACAGAGUCUUCAGUAUUUCUCUGUCACGUGCAACAAGAUCGAGAACCUCCCAGAUGAGCUCUUCUUUUGCAAGAAGCUCAAAACCCUCAAGCUGGGCAAGAAUAUGCUGUCGUUGCUCUCACCAAAAAUCUCAUACCUGGUUCUAUUGACACACCUGGAACUGAAGGGCAACCAUUUUGAGCUCCUGCCUCCAGAGCUGCGGUUCUGCCGGGCGUUGAAGCGUGGCGGCCUAGUGGUGGAGGACGUUCUGUUUGAAACCUUGCCUUCGGAUAUCAGAGACAAAAUGAAGGCUGAGUGAAAUGCCUUACAGAAUCUAUGCAAAAGGCCCUGCCAUACACUAGCGUCCUUUCCAAGGGUUGUACUUGUACAUUAAGCUGCCUUACAUAAACAGGAGAUUGGCUUCUGCCAUAAGGGGCCAUUCUGGCUUGGACAAGCCAAUUUACAUGUCUGUGCAAAAAUAAAAUGCCAAUUAUGUCUUAAUCUGACAAUCAUAGUCGACCAAAAUGGUAGAUUUUACUGUAUACUUAGCUCAUCAUGAUCAAACUCUAAACACUAUACCCUCAGUUCGUAAUGGGGAACAGUUAUGAUAUUCAUGGGUGUAUGUUUUUGAGUAUUAUGUCUAAGUGUUGCUAUAUAACAGAAGGAAAUAUAGCUUUAUGUUGUAAUUUAAUGGUUCUUAACAAUAUAAUUAGUCACAGGCAAGGUAUACUUAGCCCUGGUACCAGCCUAUUUGUGCCAGGGGACAACAAAUGCCCACUUUAAUUGAAGCCACGGAAGUUCAUGGCUGACUGCGGUUUUGCAGGCAUUGAUAGCAAAAAACAGGAUCCCCAUUAUAGUGAAUGAAUAAAUGACAAUCUUCGUGGUCAAUGCGCUAUUGCAUCUUCACAUAGGAAAGGAAUGGUGUCAUGUGAUGGAUGUCUUUGUCCAUUCAUAUAUACAGUCAUUGAUUUGUGCUAACAUUCGACUGCUUGUACUCGUAAUGUUUUGCAUGCCAUGGAGUGGCAAUGAGCGGGAUGAUAGCAUAAACAGAUAUGGGACCAAGCUAAGGUAUACUGUCCAUCAGAAGAUAUCAAUUACUAGAUUGCUUGUUCUUGUAUUGUCGAUACUGUUAUUUAUUACACUGUAAUGUAUUGUGCAGUUUGUCUAGCACRCUUUUAAUUCAACAUAAACUGGAUAGAAUGCAGGCUUAUAAU